CAUGAUAGUUCGUGUCAAUGAGACAAUGACUAGAUGGGCACAUGGAAGAUUCCCACCACGAUCGAUCACAGGCAAGCACUACAUGUACGCCUCCUGUUAGUGUGCACCCUCCUUGUCUUGCGUGCGCCGGUUGCGCACUCUCCUAAAUUGCGCACCCCCGCCACCCCUACUGCUAAUUCCACCACCACAAGCCCCCGCGUCAAUAACAAUAACGAGAUCGAUAACAUCGAUAAGGAAAACCGCGCCAACAUCUCCGGUACGGACCGGCGAGGAAUGUCAAAAGCUCGAGUCUACACUGACGUCAACGUUAUUCGACCUAAGGAGUACUGGGACUACGAGUCCCUUACCGUUGAAUGGGGGGAUCAAGAUGACUAUGAGGUUGUCCGCAAAGUAGGAAGAGGGAAAUACAGUGAGGUUUUUGAAGGAAUAAAUGUCAAUAGCAAAGAACGGUGCAUAAUCAAGAUCCUCAAGCCUGUAAAGAAAAAAAAGAUAAAGAGAGAGAUAAAGAUACUUCAGAACCUUUGUGGGGGACCUAACAUAGUCAAGCUUCUUGAUAUUGUGAGAGAUCAGCAUUCAAAAACACCUAGUUUGAUAUUUGAGUACGUGAACAGCACCGAUUUCAAAAUUUUGUACCCCACAUUGACUGAUUAUGACGUACGCUACUACAUAUAUGAGCUUCUCAAGGCUUUGGAUUACUGCCAUUCACAAGGAAUAAUGCACAGAGAUGUCAAGCCUCACAAUGUUAUGAUAGAUCAUGAAUUGCGAAAACUUCGCUUGAUAGACUGGGGUCUUGCUGAAUUUUACCACCCUGGCAAGGAGUAUAAUGUUCGUGUUGCAUCAAGAUACUUUAAGGGCCCGGAACUUCUGGUUGACUUACAGGACUAUGACUAUUCUUUGGACAUGUGGAGCCUUGGCUGCAUGUUUGCUGGAAUGAUCUUUCGUAAGGAACCAUUCUUUUAUGGCCAUGACAACCAUGAUCAACUGGUCAAAAUUGCCAAGGUACUCGGGACUGAUGAGUUGAAUGCAUAUUUGAACAAGUAUAACUUAGAGCUUGAUGCUCAACUUGAUGCACUUGUUGGGAGGCACAGCAGGAAACCAUGGUCCAAAUUCAUAAAUGCAGAUAAUCACCAUCUUGUUUCUCUAGAGGCAAUUGAUUUUCUUGACAAGCUCUUGCGAUAUGAUCAUCAGGAUAGGCUAACUGCAAGUGAAGCAAUGGCCCAUCCUUAUUUCUCUCAAGUGAGGGCUGCAGAAAGUAGCAGGAUGCGGACACAGUAGCAGAUACCAGUUCUGGUCAUCACCCUAUUGUGCUGCAAGCAACUGCGCUUUCGAAAUGGCAAGCGGUUUUGGUUGUGGACAUGUAGUGUACGAUAUUGAAAACACUUGUUUCGUUUGGAUUUGCGUUGUGGCAAUGGUAUGCGGUUUUGGUGGUGGACGAACUGUACGAUAUAGAAAACACUCAUUUCAUUUGGAAUUUUCUUGCCUGAACUUUAAUAUAUAACUUAUUGUUAGUUCGUUUCUUUCAAUGAUGAAACACUUUAGUGCAA